AUGUCGUCGUGGUUAGGAAGGCUGCGUGGAGUACUGGGGCUAAAAUCUCGCGUCAGAGUAGUUGGAACUGAUCUGAAUGGAAACAAGUACAUUGAAGCGCAACCUAGAGGCGACAGCGGAAGACUGCGUAGAACUGUCAAGAUGGUGGGCGUUUCCACGGACCAAUACACCGAAGACGCCAUCCCACACGAGUGGGAACAAUGGCUUCGUGGCUCCCGGCAAGAUCCCCCAACACACGAGGUCCUCUAG